GAAACCAAUAUCUUUUUUCGAUAGCAACGAAUUAGUCUAACAUAAAAAAAUAUGGCAAAACAUCUCAUACAAAAAUAAAGAAUUAAAGGACAUAACCAACAUAUAUUUAUUCAGUUAGUUUUACAAACGUUCAAAAAUAUACAGUCGUUCCAAAUCCAUAAUAUAUAUCUUAAAUGACGAAGGUCUUUACCAAAUAAAGCCUAAUUAAUUAAUCUUAUAAAGCUUUUUAGACCUAACCUGUGUAAAAAUGGAGCUCCUUUCCAAUUUAUAGCCUUCCUAAGCUUCAUAAAUCGACAAAGAGUUCCUUUAAAAUCCUUCUAUAUUAAAUGGUUUCCGUCUAUAUCACAAUAAUAAGUACUUAGAUAUAUUUACCCACGACCAAAAACAGUAUGAUGACUGGAAAAACGCCUUAACAUAUAGAUGCAUAUAAUUAAAUUUUCAUGAAGAAUACCAAGUUUUUAAAAUGAUUGGAAAAGGGUCGUUUGCGAAAGUUUAUUUGGCAACCAAAAAAUCGACUCCCGGUUCUCAAUUUGCCAUAAAGGCUUUUAAUAAGGAAUUUAUGUCCACAUAACAUAAAGGAAAAGAAUCUUUAAUAAAUGAAAUAUAUAUCAUGAGGUAAUUAAACUCCGAGCAUCUUCUAAGACUUUAUGAAGUUUACGAAACUUCCAACUCCAUUUAUUUUGUUUUAGACAUAGUUAAUGGCGGAGAACUGCUUAAUAGAGUUCGUGAAAAAGGCCAAAUGAACCAAUUUUAAUUAAUUAAUCUCAUGCGAAACAUUAUGAAGGCUAUAUCUUAUUUACACUCCAGAAAUAUCAUGCAUAGAGACCUAAAACCUGAAAAUUUACUUCUUAAAAAUAAAGAAUCGGAUGGAAGUGAUAUCGUAUUAGCUGAUUUUGGACUCGCAACUAAAACAGACAUUGAAAACGUGAUUUUUAAACGAUGUGGUACACCCGGUUUUGUAGCCCCUGAAGUUUUACUAUACAAAGUAUCCUAAAAAAAUAUUAAAAAAACUUUUUUUUUUAUUUUAUUUUUUUUUAAAAAAAAAAGGAUGGAGAACCAUUAUAUAGUAUGA